AGCCUAUCUGACAUGGCCCACACAAUCCGACGUCGACAAGCGGUGGCAUCACGAUAAGAAUCGAUGGCAGUUCUUCCGUCACCAACAACAGUCGGCACGGACGGGUGGACGGCACCCACCGGCGUGGCCGCCCUGCUCGGGGUCGCCCAAGGCCAGGCCGCCGGACUAGCACCGUUCCCUUCAGGCUUCAUCCCGCCAAACUUCUACCCCAACUACGUACCGGCUCACCGAGGUCCCACGAUGGUGCUGGUCUGCAGCAUCUCGAUGGCGCUCGCAUUCUUGGUCGCCGUGGCAAGGCUGGUGACGAGGAAGGUCGCCGCCGGGAAGCUGGGCCUCGACGACUGGAUGAUCGUCCCCGCUACGCUGUUCUGCAUGGGCUUGACCACCGAGAACAUCUUGGCUGCUACCGGCGGAGGCCUGGGGAAACACGCCUGGGACAUGACAUAUUCUGAAGCGGUCGUAGGGGUACAGGUGUUCAUCACGCACCUGCUCCUUUACAGUAUGUGCAUAUUCUUCGUCAAGCUCUCGGUGCUCUUCUUCGUCAGCCGGCUCGCGAGCCCCACCGGGCUCAUCCGCUGGGUCGUCAACUUCCUAUUCGCCUUCCACAUCGCCUUUAUCGUCGGCUUCGUAUUCGCAGCGACAUUCCAGUGCGCGCCCGUCGGCGCCGGCUUCGAUCUCUCGCUGCGCUUCCACCCGGCGACGAAAUGCCGUGACUACACGGCCUUCUACUGGAUCACCACCUCGAUCCACACCGCCUCCGACAUCGCCUCGCUGGCACUGCCGAUAUGCCUCGUCGUCGGCUUGCAGAUGACAUGGCAGAAGAAGGCGGUGGUGAUCUUCAUGUUCAAUCUCGGCGGGCUGGCAUGUCUCUGCUCCACAGUGCGAAUGGGCUACAUCGGCAAAUUCGCCAAUUCCUACGAGCCCUCAUGGGACGCAUUCGACCCCUCGCUGUGGGGCCAGCUCGAAGCCACAAUCAGCAUCACCACCGUGUCCCUGCCGGCGCUGAAAGUCCUGUUUGCGCGCGUCAUACCAGGGUUGCUCACCGAAGCGACGAGCGGCGCCAGCGACUCGGCGGGUAGAUCCCGGAAGCGCGACUCGCUGUACGAUCUGUUCCGGCGGGGGAGCCAGCUUCAGCAACAGGCGCAGGUGUCGCGGACGACGAGUAUUACCACGCACACACUAGUGGAGGAGGAGGAGGAGGAGGGGGGGGGGCAGAAAGGAGACGGGGAGGAUGACGAGGUGCGAACACUACCGCUGCCACCAAAGAAAAGGAUCUCGACUGGUGGGGGAGGCGCGACGAAUAGGGGCGGGUUUGGGAGCGAUGUCGCCCUGGUGGGCGUCAUCACCGAGAAGUUUACGGAGGCUAUAGAUCUCUCGCCAAUGCCGCCACGAAGGGUGGUCAGUACGUCGUCGCAUAGGGUUUCCUUUGGCGAUAAUUAGUGGAGUUUUACGAAUGCAGCGCUGUUACAUGACUUCUCGUGAUGCGCGCCGUUUCUUCAUUGAUGCAAAGUUCCAUCUGUGUGUUCUGUCUUCUCUCUUGAUCUUAGGAUCUGGCGUAGCUAGGAGUACUUUUCUGGGGGGUGGGGGGCGUUCGAAUCGGGGUACGAUAACAUGAUGCCCAACUAGGUUGUCCACUAUUGGGCUUAGUUAACCAUGGCCAUCUCUACGGCGUUCUCCGACACUACCUUCACUACUGUAAUGAAGCUUCCGAUCCCCCCGCCGCCCACAGCAGACCCGAGGAACCAAGGACCCUCUAGAGUAGCGACCAGAAGGAGAUCCAGAAACACCAAGCCAGCCCCCACCCGCAACGUAAUGAAGCACAGCACAUCAUGCGACUCCGCAAAACGAAUCAUCAAC